GAGAAGAGGCUGUCCCUUGUCCUCUGAUGCAAGAGUCACCUAAGAGUUUAUAAAAGAAGGACAUCUAUUUCCCAUCUUCAAUUUUGAGAAGGAAAAAAAGUAACAUUUACAGAUACUGUUAGUAAAGAAGGACAGAGAAAGAAUUAGCACACACAAUUAACCUCACCAUGGGGAACAGUAAGAGUGGAGCUCUCUCCAAAGAAAUUCUUGAUGAUUUGAAAAUGAACACAAAGUAUUCAGAAGAAGAACUUUUUAAGUGGUAUGAAAGUUUUAAAAAGCAAUGUCCAGAUGGAAAGAUUUCCCGAACAGAAUUUGAGAAGAUCUAUACCAAUUUUUUCCCCAACUCGGACCCCAAGACAUACGCCAGGCAUGUUUUCCGUAGUUUUGAUACCAAUGAUGACGGCACAUUGGACUUCCGAGAGUACAUCAUUGCACUUCACCUUACCUCAUCUGGAAAAACUAGCCUCAAGUUAGAGUGGGCAUUUUCCUUGUUUGAUGUUGACAGAAAUGGUGAAGUCAGUAAAGUUGAAGUUCUUGAAAUUAUUACAGCGAUUUUUAAAAUGAUACCACCAGAAGAACAGAAGAAUCUACCAGAUGACGAAAACACUCCACAGAAAAGAGCAGACAAGUUAUGGGCUUAUUUCAAAAAGAAAGAUAAUGAUAAAAUCGCUGAAGGGGAAUUCAUUCAAGGUGUAAUGAUAAAUGAUGACAUUAUGAGACUUAUCCAGUAUGAUCCAAAGAAAUAAAAUCAAGAGCUACUAAAGAAGAAAGAUCGAAAAGGCUGCAGUGAAUGCCAAAAGUUUUAAUGUUUGUGUGUAGUGUGCAUGUGCUCGUGUGUUUUCAUGCUACUUCUACAGUUUAAACUAAAUGGAUAUAGCAUAGAUAAAUACAUUUGAUUUUAAAAUCAAUGAGUUCAAAAUUAUCUGGAAAAUGAUGCUGUAUUUUUUAAAAUAGCAUAGAUUUUGAUGUGUUUUUUUGUAUUGUUAUGAUAAUUGGGUAAAUAUAGAUUAGUUAUUUUAAUUACAGUUGGGUCAUUUACUCAAGAUAUGUCAACGCAAUGGAAAAAUUAAUUAAAACUAAAAAUGGCUUUGCUCCAUAUAUUAAUUACAUCUAGACCACAGGUAUUCAAUAUGAAAGCUCUGCUGGACAUAACUGUAGCAAAUUUUUGUCUGUUAUAUUUUAAUGUAGAUUGUAGAGCUAUAAAAUAUUUUCAUUCUUUUUUUUUUUUUUUACGAAAAUAGACUAUCAAAAUUAUUGAUCUUUAACCUAUAUAUAGCCACGGAUGUGGGAAAUUUUUUAGUUCAGAAAUAGUUUCUGAUAUUUGAAUAUUUGAACAUUUGAACAUAUAUUCUGAACAUUUCUGAUAGGUGUUUGUUAAACAAUAAUUGACAAUAAAUGUUGUAUUUAUUGCAACUAAUAUUUUUUUUGAUUCAGGACAGUAUUUUAUGGAUAGAAAUCACAAAUAAGCGUUUGGUGUAUAAAAUAAACAUACACUUCAGUGUUGAAAAAAUGCAAGCAAAAAAAUAAAUAUAUUUACUUUGCAAUAGUGCUCACAUACUAAAAAGUGAGUUGUUAAAAAUGACUAUCUGCUUGAGACAUAGAGACCAAUAAACACAGACAGAAAAGGAACAAUGAAAGGUACCAUCUUUUAUUUCAUCGCAGUUCUGCAGCAACAGAUAUCACAUCCAUUUCAGAAAAUACAAUGAUUGAAUACAAAUUCAGGGCUCCGAGGUUUAUCCUUCUUUAAGAGUGAGGCGUGCUGAAAUUAAAAUGACAUAGUUACAUAGUUACAUAGCUGAAAAGAGACUUGCAUCCAUCAAGUUCAGCCUUCCUCACAUAUGUUUUUUCUGUCGAUCCAAAAGAAGGCAAAAAACCCAGUCUGAAGCGCUUCCAAUUUUGCAACAAACUAGGAAAAAAUUCCUUCUUGACCCCAAAAUGGCAGUCAGAUGUCUCCUUGGAUCAAGCAGCUAUUACCCCACUAAUUAGAAAUUAUAUCCCUGUAUGUUAUGUUUUUGCAAAUAUUUAUCCAAACAUCUAUAUAGACUCUGACAAAACCACCUCUUCAGGCAGAGAAUUCCAUAUCCUUAUUGCUCUUACCUUUUCUUUGCCUUAGAUGAAAUCUCAUUUCUUCAAGCCUAAAUGUGUGACCUUGUGUCCUAUGUAUAGCCCUGUUUAUGAAUAGAUUUCCAGAUAAUGGUUUGUACUGACCCCGAAUAUAUUUGUAUAAUGUCCCCUCUCAGGCGCCGUUUUUCCAAACUAAAGAGAUUUACAUUUUUUAACCUUUCUUCAUAACUAAAAUGCUCCAUUCCUUUUAUCAAUUUUGUAGCUCGUCUCUGCACUUUUUCUAGUGCCAUGAUAUCUUUAUUUAGAACAGGUGCCCAAAAUUGCACAGCAUAUUCAAGGUGUGGUCUUACCAGCGAUUUAUAAAGAGGCAAAAUUAUAUUUUCAUCUCGAGAAUUUAUGCCCCUAUUUAUACAUGACAAAACCUUACUGGCCUUAGCAACGGCAGAUUGACAUUGCAUAUUGCUGCCUAAUUUGUGGUCUAUAGCAAUUCCCAAAUCCUUCUCGUGUGUGGUUAUCCCUAGUUCACUACCAUUUAUGGUGUAAAUUGCUUGUGCAUACUUAACCCCGAAGUGCCCAUUUCAAGAUCAUUUAUAAAUAUGUUAAAUAGAAGCGGUCCCAAAACAGAACCUUGAGGGAAACCACUUACCACUUUUGUCCAGUUUGAAAAUUUACCAUUAAUGACAACUCGUUGUACUCUAUCCUUAAGCCAAUGUUCUACCCAAGAACAAGAAUAUUCAUCUAGACCAAUUUCUUUUAGUUUGAAGACUAACCUAUUGUGAGGAACCGUAUCAAAUGCCUUGGCAAAAUCCAAGUAGAUCACAUUUUUCACUCUUUUUAGAUGAUAAUCAUAUAUAUUCCUUUUUUUAAUUUCUAAAAAUGCUGCUUUCCAACUCAGCCUUAUUUGUCUAUACCCAAGGUACAAAGUCGGGCAAUCUUGAUGAAUAUCAAAUCACUGCUUCUAAUUCUUUAUUGGUAUCUUCAUUAAAAUCGUCCGGUCAACGUGAAUUGCUUACAUAAAUAGCGGAACCUCUUCAACACACCUCACACUCAAACCAGGAUUAACCUGGGGCCCUAUGCGGCCACCUAAACUCACUAUAUGGUUAAUUGUGCUCUGUUCAUUCUUGCAAAAUGUGAUACUAAAUGUUAACAAAUACCAUAUUAUAGUAUUUUAAAAAGUUAUAUUUCUAAUGUCAAAUAGAAUAAAUUGUAUCUCAAAUGAAAAUUGCAUGAAAUUUUAAAAUUUAUUCCACUAGGAUAUAAAGUGUUAUGUGUCUUUUAAAACAUAAAUUUUAAAGGUGAGCUUUAUUUUAAAUUUUAAGUGCAAAUUAUGAGUGUCAUGCUGGAGUUUAGUCACCUCUUUGGUAUCAUCCCAUAUACACCAAACUUCUUUUCUAUUUUCCUAUUGACAAACUCCUUGUGGCCAUUAGUAUUGAAUGUAUACUUCUUGAUGUAACUGUAGUUGAAUGAACACUCCUGUGAUAAUUGUAACUCUUUCGUGAAUCUCUAUUGAUCAAGCAUGACAAGCCUCACAUUUGUGUCUUGAAAAACAAAGAGUGAUAGUAACAUACUUAUAUGUGUCUUUUAGCGGAGAGUGUCCCAAAGUUACAUCUGAGUAUCAUCUAAUUAAUAAAAAAUUA